AUGUGGCCAUUACGAGCCAAGCGCGCAUUACCACAGCGUCGCAAUCGCAGCUUACGCUCUUCAUUACUUCAUGCUAUUUUUCCACAUGUUAUGGAAUUUAAAGUCAUUUCUCGCGAAGAUGAAAAGCACGAGUUUAUGCCUGUUAUAUACCUUAUCGAUCGGUCACUCGCAUGGCGUCGUCGCGUGCCAUCAUUUGUUGAAAAAACACUGAUUGAAGACUACGUUACGCCAUUAGUUGGUACAAUUCCAGAUACUACCGAUAUGAAUAAAGUAUUGGCUAGAGUUCUAAUGGAAAUGGAGAGACGCGCUAAUCUUAUUGAUGAAAUGAACCUUGAAAGUGUCAGUAUGGACGAAAUCGACUACAAAAUGGGCGUUUUUGUGGACUUUACUCCCAUGUCGAAGAGCCCAAAUAAGGCGCCACUUAAUCGUGUCGUGUUUCAGAUCGCCACUGCUUUACGAUCUGCUUCUUAUCGUCGCGCUCUUGUGGUGCCUGUGGCUGUGCACUAUUGCUCGGCUGCAAGUUUUUUAGACGUGCGUCGAUACGCUGGUAUUCGUUAUGGUGCACCGGUAUUGCUUGAGGAUCGAGAUGUCACAAUUUUUACAGAGGAUCCAACUGAAUUCACUCAACACUUCAGUGCUCGUUUGCGUGCGUCGCUAACAAUGUUACCGCCAUUGACUGUUGCUCAGAUUGAAAUGUUGCGUUUAACGCGUACAUUACAUGUUUGUUGUGCUAAGAAUAUACAUGACGACUGUUUCUCUCGACGACAACGUGCGUCAAUGAACGAAGAGAAUUUGCAGAUUCAUUUUCGCACUUCAAAUCAUCCUGCAAUGCACAAAUUAAAACGCAAGAUGAUGACUUAUUGUGCAUUAUUAAAGUAUUGGAAACUGCGAGAUGAGGACAUUAAUUCCACAAGUACACUGCUGGGUGUAAAAGAUUUGUCAAAGAAUCCGCUACACGUUGUGUGGCUAUUAGCUUCUAUACUUCGUUUUAUUUUCAAAGUACCAGGUCUUUUGUUUCUGGCAAGUGCUCGUGAUCUCAUCUAUCGCUUUCCACCACGCAAAGCUUACAACCGAUCGUUGCCAUUAGGAGCUGCAGCUCUCAAGACUGCUUUGGGCUGUCUAAUACUUGGAGUACUUAUCCGUGCAGUGUCGUCUAAUGUGCUUGGAUGGAUCAUUGUAUUGCUUGUGACAAGUGUACUUCUUAUCGAUACUGCAACAGGUGAUGUGCAAUAUAUGACCCAUUACUGGAAGAAUCUUCAAUUUUACGUUAUGGAUAACAAAGAAUACCAGCGACUGAAAGACACGCGGGCUGUACUGGCACGAAGUAUCCAUGAGAUUGUCGCGCGCUACAUGUGUACAGACCUCCCUACUCCUGUUUUGCAAAAUGCGUGCAAGACUGCAAACUCUCCAACUUCGACUCUAUUCGAAAAUGAUGAAUACUCGCUAAAUGUACAUCACAAGAUCUUUAUAAACGCGCCGCGUUCAUUCCCGUUGUCAUUUGCAAAGAGAAUCAAAGAUCCUGACAUUGCACGUCGUGUUAUUUACGCGCCGAAGAUGCUGCGGGAUGAAUCCUGGCGGAACAUUUACGAGACGCUAGCGCCAGGACAUCUUCGAUUUCAAAUUCUUUUAGCUGAGAAUAAGGGCGAUCAUUUUUUAUUGGACAAGUUACUUGCAACACCGUUUUUUCAAGCUGUGCUCUCUGCUUAUAUUCUCCACAAGACGCAAUUUGUGGACGCCGGCAACUCCAAUAGCGACAGCGUUCUUUUAGUAGACAAGACACGAAAAGAGUUGACGUCCACUUCUUUUUUAAAUGAGCAAGUCUUGGACGAGAAAAGGUUUGGAAAAUAUGCCUCGAAUCAGGAUGUAGUUGAUGCAGCAUUGCAGAUGGCUCAAGAAGCUGAAUGA